UCUCCACCGUGCGCCCACACCCAACCUGCACUGUCUGGCGUAUAGAGAGGCAGCGCAGCCCUGCAGUGUAUGCGGGACAUUGUCCUCUCAGUGCGGCUGUGUCGGGACAUCUGUGCGGCCUCAGCAGACAGGGACCAGCGGGCUCUCUGCAGCACUCACAUUUGCCUACAUUCAUCCCGCCGGCUGCCACUGAGGCUGGUGCGCUCUGCGGCUGCUGGCACCAUCCAUGUACUGUCACUGUGGAUAGUGGCUUAUUUACUGUGCAUCAUCUGACUGGAGAAAGCAUCUGACGGGCACCAUGAGCAGCACUGUGUUUCAGCAGCAGGCUGUCCACAGCCCUCUGGAGCAGCAGAAGCAGAAGCAAAAGCAAGGAGGAGGAGGACCUAUCCCCUGUCAGAACUGUGGGAAGCCCUGCAAAGGGGAGGCGCUCCGGGUCCAGAACAAACACUUCCACAUCAAAUGCUUUGCCUGUAAAGUGUGCGGUAGUGAACUGGCCCAGGGAGGCUUCUUCGUGCGACAGGGUGAAUACAUCUGUACUCUGGACUACCAGCGACUGUACGGGACUCGCUGCUUCAGCUGCCAGGACUUCAUCGAGGGGGAGGUGGUGUCCGCCCUGGGCAAGACCUACCACCCCCGCUGCUUCGUCUGCGCCUCCUGCAAACAGCCAUUCCCGGCCGGCGACCGAGUGACAUUUAACGGGAAGGAGUGUAUCUGCCAAAAGUGUACCCAGCCUCUCCCUGCCAACAGCCCUGCACCCAUUCAGGCUGUCCACAACUGCUGUGGCUGUGGGAAGGUGUUUAAGAAUGAACAGUCUCUUGUAGCCCUGGACAAGCACUGGCACCUGGGCUGCUUCAAGUGUAAAGUCUGCAACAAGGUGCUCAAUGCCGAGUACAUCAGCAAGGAUGGAAUCCCCUUCUGUGAGAUGGACUACCACGCCAUGUUUGGCAUCCAGUGUGAGAGCUGCAAGAAGUACAUCACUGGAAAAGUCCUGGAGGCUGGAGAGAAGCACUACCACCCCACAUGUGCCCGCUGUGUCCGCUGUGAGCAGAUGUUUGCAGAGGGAGAAGAAAUGUAUCUGCAAGGAUCUUCCAUCUGGCACCCUCCAUGCAGACAAGCAGCCAAGCAGGAGGAGAAGAGUAAGAAGCAGGUCCGGAUACAGCUCACUGACGUCCCUGAGCAACAGGUUGGUGUUCCUGUGACCCGGACUUCAUCUGAGAGCAUCACUUCAGUCCCGGCCUCCAGCGCCUCGGGUUCCCCCAGCAGAGUCAUCUAUGCCAAACUAGGAGAGGAGAUGCUGGACUACAAAGACCUGGCAGCCCUUCCAAAGACCAAGGCCAUCUAUAACAUAGACAGGCCUGACAUGCUGUCCUACUCUCCAUACGUCAGCUACCCAUCUGAGGAGAGGCACUACGGAGAGUCCCCCCAGCUGCUUUCUCCUACUCCUACUGAGGGUGAUGGGGAGAAGUCACCCCGUCAGCGGAGGCCCUCCAGCCCCAGCUCCAACAGCUCCCUGGGGGGCUACGGACGCUACACCCCGUCCAGAUCCCCUCAGAAUUACAGCCGACCAGGGCCAGAUGUAUACCUCGGUGGUAGACACAGCAGCCAGGCUCGUGACUCCAGUUCUCUCCCUUUGCCACCAACCCCCAUGGGUACCAUUAAGUACCCCUCCACCUGGGCAAGGGACUCAUCUUCCCUCCCCAUGUACUACUCUGGUGGGGCUGAAGGGAGUGGUGGUGUUGGUGGUUGUGGCAAGUACUCACCCACACCAGCAGGUGGUAGUGCAGGCUUGUCUUUUCACCUAAACCCCACCACCCUGGCCAUGCUGCAGCAGCACAACUACAUCCCUUACUUCAGAGGUAGUGAAAGUGGUCGGAGUACCCCCAGCUUAUCCACCUAUUCUGAUGGCAAAUCCCCCUCCUCCACUUCUACAUACAUGGCUGCUCCCCGGCAUUUCCACAUACCAGAGACUAUGGUCAAAGAUAAUAUCUAUAGAAAACCCCCCAUCUACAGACAGCAUGCUUCUAGAACAUCCUGGCAGGAUGGGGAGGAUAGCAAGAGGACCAGUUGGAUGAUCUUAAAGAGUGAAAUAGAUGGACACAUGGGUCCAGAAGACCUGGAUCCCCGCAAGUCCACCUGCAGUCUCCCCACUGACACCUCCCAGCCUAAUUUCCCCUACAAUAAGUCUGCUUCCUUACCCGGAUAUGGACGGAACGGCAUCUACAAGGCUGCUGAGAUGGUGGAAGAUGAAGUGGACCCAGACUCGCAGAGCUGGGGAGGCAUGAGAGAAUACAAGAUCUACCCUUAUGAAAUUCUGGCAGUGACGCAUAGAGUGAAAGUGAAGCUUCCCAGAGACGUAGAUCGCACCAGACUGGAGAGACACCUCUCUCCUGAGGACUUCCAGCACGUUUUCGGCAUGACCCUGGAGCAGUUCGACCGCCUGGCCCUCUGGAAGAAAAACGACCUGAAGAAGGCGGCACGCCUUUUUUAGACAGAAAAAAAGAAGAAGCAACAUCUCAACAAGCAUCGAUCCUGUCUGGGAGGAAGCAGAAAAGAAAACCAACCCAUCUGAAAUAUCUAUAUAUGCACCGCCAUGAUACCCUUACUUUCCACCUGUAAAACGCCAUGCCAUCUGCCUGUGACGCCACGGGAAGGCGCUUCGUGCGGGAACAUUUUCACGAUGUUGAGGCAGCAUCUAUAGCUUUUUGUAUGCAAUGUGGCCCGAAUGUUUGACUGACAACCUUACAGACGAGGGCGAGGAGCUGCGUUUGCAUGGCCUGUGUUGAUGCUCCUCGUCUCCCAUGUGGUUUCUGCAUCCCCACUCCCGCCCGUCUCAAUGCUUUCAUACACCCCGGCAAAAAUAACAGCUUUUUCUAAUUCUCGUGCAGGCCUCCCUCCAAGUUUCUGCGGUUCUGACUGUUUUAUGUGCGCCUUCUUCUACUCUGUCAGUCUUGACUUAUCUCCCCGUUUCUAUCUCUAGUAUUUCAUCAGCAGCUAGUUUGUUUUUUCACUUUGCGAGGGUUUAUCAUCUUAUCUGCCUCGACAUAUCAUUUGUUUGCUGCUCUGCCUUUUCUCUCGCUGUCUCUCCAUCAUAUUAGAUUUUCUUCCAUGCGCUAAGUGACUGUUACAUUGCCAAGCCAGUUCAUUUUUACACCUUUGCCAUUACUUUAGGACAGUGAAAGGACUGCAGACUGUCAUGGCCAAAGACAGGAAUAAGAGACAAUACCAUGCCUCUAUGAUCUUUUACUCGAUAAGCACCUUAUCAUAUGCUUUUGUUUUCAAUUUUCCUUCAAGUUCUUUGCAAUCAGAGAAGUUAGGAAAGACUGACUGGCGUAGUUUUGAUAUGCGUGCCCUGAUAUGUUUGAAUGCGGUCCCAUAUCUUACACAAGCAUCUCAUAAAUCAGCACGGAUAGGAAAGCCAGGGCUGGAAAGGGGCCACAACAUGGCAGUGAAUCACAGAUAGAGGGGUGGGUAAACAAGGAGGAGGCCCUGCAGAGAGCAGAAAGUUUCAGGGUGUGCAGUGGUGUCAAACAUGCAGCAUUGUCAGAGUGACCUACACUCACAUCAAAAAACAAACAAAAGAAAUUAUUUUUAUAAGCUAUUUUUGACUUCUGGAAAGGAUCAUUAAAGCAAUCAUGCAGCGGAGAGAAAUCAUGAUUUUGUUACCAAGGAAAAAAAAAAGCCCAUGCUGACUUUGUUAAGCUUCACAGACCUGCAGCAGCACUUAAGCAUAACAAGUGGGGUCUCGCUUGAUUUAAAACCCAAUACUCUAACUGUGUUAUAUCCUCUCAGAUAGAGAUUUAACUCUUUAUAUGUUUGUUGUUUGAGAGCAUUGUUGCGUACAGUAAAAGCUCCACAUUUAAGCUGAAGUCCGUCGGCUUUGCUUGAUGAUUUCUGGACCGAUCAACUUGCCAACUAACAUACCGUAAGAUGUAUGUGAACAUAUACUGGACAUAUACCAGAUAUAUUUGUCUGUAUACAAGCCAUGGUGUAUAACUCUUCAGGCAUGCAUGAGGGUGGGGGUAAUGGUUCGUCCACUGACCUCAGAAUAGAAGUGUAUGAAAACAUUAUCAUCAAUGUGGUUUGAGUGAUUCAUUAUUUUCUGGUUAAAUUGUGUCAAAUGAAAUGCCCGGGUCAGCUGCUUACAUUAGCUUGUGUUAGGUAUUUAUUUAAUUGCAAUAUUAAGGAAGGGAUUUUAUUUUGAAACCUUAAAGGUGUAGUGUUGAAUGAAUAGUGUCACCAAGAUGAGAGAGAGCUUUUUGAAGAGAAACAUAUCAAAUUGUGAGUUUAAUCUGAGUGUCAAAUCAAUUUUGCUCCUGUAAGUAACACACUAACUGUUGUCAUAAAGCGUCAUGUCCUCUUUCUAAUAUUCAUCUGCUAUUAAAGUGCUUUAUCCAAACCA